CCGUUCUUGACAAGUCUCGACUCACCUCAUAGCGCUAUCUUCCAGCACACCUUCGUCUCUCGCAUUGUCACUCCUCCCAACACACCACCGUCUCGCACAUCGACAACUUCAGCCAAACACACAUCAACCUUGCUAUCCAGAAACACAAGCUCCUUUCAUCCCACGAUAGUUUCCAAGAUGCCCAUUCCUACACCAGUCAAAUCUUACGGUCUGGCCCGUCCUGGUGUUGCCCUCCCACGGAGACAUCGGCUCAGAGCUAGGAACGCCGAUGCGAUCCAAGGUGUCACUAGACCGGCCAUUCGACGUCUCGCUCGUCGCGGCGGUGUCCUCAGAAUUCAGAAAGAGAUCUACGACGAAGCCAGAAAGGUCCUCAGAGAUCGUCUUGCUGAGAUACUCCGCAAAUUGGUGGCACUGUUGGGCGGCUCCGACCGUGAGAGAGCUCAGGCAUGUGUUCAAGACCCUGGCCGCAAGACUGUGACUACACAAGAUGUAGUCUGGAUACUGUACCGAGUACGUCUCAUCUUCAAGUCCAUCAUGGGCCAAAGGGAAAUUGACAGUCUGCCGCAGAUGAACCAACCUAUCUACGGCUUCGAAUCGCCCUAUACUGGAGAACGACGACGAGGUGCGAUGCUGCCAUGGCGGACUUGA